GUUCUUCAUUUUCAUUCACAUAGAGAGAGAGUUGUUAAUCAUGGCUGCUUAUGGAGCUCUGCUUUCUCUUAUGCAUAUCAUAGAUACCCUCGACAAACAUCCUUCUCCUCCCAUUUCUAUCAACCAAAAACAUGUUCAGUCCCUCACUCAAAACAUUACCUUCUUGCAGGAGUUUCUUGAUUGCUAUAUUUCCCCUUUUGCUGAUAGCCACGAAGCGGAUCCAUUGGAGCGUCGCAUUGCUGAUGCAGUUUACGCGGCUGAGGAUGUUAUCGAAUCCCAUAUUGUGGAUCAAAUUCACAGUGGAUCCACAAUCGUUGCAGAUCAUGACUUCUAUCACAAUCUACAGAAAGUGAUAGAAGAAAUGGAUCUGAUCAACAAAGAGGUGAAGAGCAUUGCUGUUGAAGCUCAGACCAAGCAGAAGCCCGUUGCUGCCUUGUCGGCGUCUUCUCCCACUGUGAAAGAGAACGUGAUCGUGGGCUCUGACGAAGUGUUUCUUGAAGUUUUGGAUAAGCUCACUAGUGAUCAACUCAACCGCCAGAUCAUCCCCAUCACGGGGAUGGGUGGCAUUGGUAAGACCACUCUUGCCAUGAAACUAUAUGAGAAUGCACUUGUUAAGGAUCGUUUUGAUAUUCGUGCUUGGACUACAAUCUCUCAAACUUAUAAUGUUAGAGAAACCCUUAGAGAAGUUCUUUUUCGAGCAAGUGGAGAUUCUAGUAGUGAUCUGAGUGAGAAUGAUUUGGGAGAAAAAUUACACAAGUUUCUGUUUGGUAUGAGAUAUCUCAUAAUAAUGGAUGAUAUGUGGAGCAUAGAGGUGUGGGAGAAGAUACAAUUUUUCUUUCCUGAUAACCAAAAUGGGAGUCGAAUAAUCGUAACAACUAGGCUGUCUGACUUGAGUUCUAAGUUGAACGAGACUUGUAUAAUUGACAUGAAAUUUCUAGAUGAGGCUAGUGGUUGGGAUUUAUUUCGUAUGACCGUGUUUGGGAAAGAAAGUUGUCCAAUUGAGUUGGAGAAGAUUGGAAAGAAUAUUGUAGCAAAUUGUAAAGGACUUCCUUUAUCAAUUGCUACAAUAGGAGGUCUUUUGGCAAAAUCUGAGCGCACAAAAGAAUGUUGGGAGCGUAUAGAGCAAAAUUUAAAUUCAAUUGUUAUUAACGAUGGAUUUUGCUUGAAAAUAGUGAGGAUGAGCUAUAUCUAUCUGCCGAACUAUUUAAAGCCAUGCUUUUUGUAUAUGGGUGUUUUUAAGGAAGAUUACCGUAUCCGUGUGUCAAUGCUUGAGAAGUUAUGGGUUUCUGAAGGAUUUUUAAAACCAAGGAGUGGAAAAUGUUUGGAAACACUUGCGCAAGAGUAUUUUAAGGAAUUGGUUGAUAGAAAUCUCGUUUUAGUUGAUGAAUUGGGGUCUACUGGAAACGUUAAGUAUUGUAAAAUUCAUGAUUUGUUGAGAGAUUUGUGUUUGAAAGAAGCUGAAAAGGAAAGAUUUUACCAUGUCGUAAGAGAUGAUUCUCCGGCCAGUAUUAGCGAACGUCGAGUCGUUCUUAAAACUGCAGGGUUGUUAGGAUAUUUGCCACACACUCGUACAAUAAUAUGUGAGUACGACGAAACAUCAAGUUCGGUUGAUAAAGUUCUUCUGACUCGCGAUCUUAGAUUGUUGAGGACAUUCAGAGCAUGUGUUUCUGAUAGUUAUUUCCUAGAAAAUGUGAUUGAAUUGGUGAACUCACGGUACCUUGCUACUAUCACUGUUGAUAAUGACUCCAGAUUUCUUAGUUCAAUUGAUCUCCUUUGGAAUCUACAGACAUUGAUUAUUGAAUGUUGGAACUAUCUUGAUGUACCAAAUGAAAUUUGGAAACUGCAUCAACUUCGGCAUCUUGAAUUUCUGGAGACUACAUUUAUUCUCCCAAAUCCUCCUAGUGACGAUAGUGACAUUGUCAUUAUGGAGAAUCUGCAAACACUCAAAGGAGUUGCGGAUUUGUUAUUGAAUGAGGAGGUGGUUAAAAGAAUUCCCAAUGUGAAGAAAUUUGAUUUAACAUACUAUUCGGAUCAAAAGGAGGGAGAAAACUGUCUAAGCUAUCUUCAAUGCUUCAGUAAAUUGGAAUGCUUACGCUGCAAAACCUUUGAUCAAAGUGGUGACUUUUGGAUGAGGAUUAAUUUCCCUAACUCUAUCAAGAAGUUGGUUGUUCAAGACCAUGAUAGCACGGAGUUUGCCACAACGUGGGAAGACAUAUUGCCUAAAAUCGGUUCGUUGCCUCUUCUUGAGAAGCUCGUAUUAAUAAAUGGUGACUUCCAAACAGGCAAGUGGGAAACAAUUGAAGGCCAGUUCCAGAACCUCAAGCUUCUACGGUUGUGGGAAUGUGAUCUAGUAAAUUGGAUUGUGUCAGACAGCUCCCACUUUCCACGUCUCGAGAAGCUUAGUCUCAAUCGUUUAUCCUUACUCGAGGAAAUCCCAUCUGAAGUUGGAGAAAUAGCAACGCUGAAAUCGAUUUCGUUGUAUUGGUGCAGUGAAGCAGUUGUGGCGUCAGCGAAAAAGAUAGUAGAAGAACAUGAGGAUCUAUAUGGAGAGCAAUUAGACCUUCAUGAGGGUAUUUGGUAAACAUUGAACUGCAAAAGAGAGUUGUUUGGUUCCUCUCAUUGUGGAGCUGAGUGAGGCCAGAGCCGAGGGACAGCGAAGACGGAGAAUGGCCGGAGAUUGGUGGCGCCGUGGAGGGAGUCGGCGGCGGCGGCGGAGGGAGAUUCUUCCAUGGCUAUGCACAAAUGUUUAUUUGUAUUUAACUUUUUUUGUUGUUUUAGUGAUGUUAGUGAUAUGAUUUUGAAUUUAUUUAUAAACGAAACUUUGUUAGAGACUAUUUUUUGUGGAGUAGUAUUUUGUGUUCAUGAUUUUUAGAAGAUAAAA